AUGCUGUGAUGCGAGUGAUUAAGGAUGAGUGUUCUAUCACUAACGUUGCUCUAUUGGAGACUAUAGUGAACAAAUACUCAAUACAAGAUGCUGGAGACAUGAUAUUAGCUUAUCAGACACACUUGGAUGAAUUUUGCGAAAACAAAUUAACAAUGUUUUGUGAUCGUCAGCUUAAGAGAUUAUCCUCUUCUCUCCUCACUUGUGAGACGAUCAAGUUUGUUCUGAAAUGGAAUCCAAGUGAGCAUUCUCUCUCCAGUAUCAGAGCCCUCCUAUGGAAAACGUUCAAGGAUAAUCAAGUGGAGGUGGUAGUGAUCAAGGAAGGGAACUCCAUCAUUGUUACUUGUUAUGCUCCUCAUUAUCUGAUGGAGAGUUUACUAGUGACAGCUAGAGAUAACGUUGAUAUGCUAAAGGAGAUGGGAUUGAUUAGUUUAACUAUUGGUUACUAUACUGUGUAUGAUGAACAUGCAAUUGAUGAGGAGGUGAAGAGUCUAAUGAAGAAACUGGAGAUGUUAGAGAGUGAAAGAGAUGAUUUACUUGAGGAGAAUGCUAAAUUGAAGGGUACAUUAGACACAUUAGGUAUUUCAUAUGAAGGUAGAGAAGUUGAUGAAAGCAAUAUGUCAUCAAUACAAUCAUCAGAGUCUGAGAAGGAAGAGAGUAAAAAGAUGACAAAGGCAAUGCAAAUGGAAAUAGAUCAUUUACGAUCAUCUCUUCAAAGCAAAACAGGAAUAGAAGAAACGUUAAUUGGAGUAGAGAAAACAUUAGUUGAAAGAGAAAAGGAGAUAAAACAGUUACAGGAAAAGAUAUCAUUAAUGAAUAUACAACAACUGAAAGAAACUUCAAUUACUCUUAGAAAGGAUCAGUCUACACAAUAUAUGGAUCCACCAAAAGGACCAGUUUAUGUAGCUAUUAGAGACUGGGAGGCAUGGGAAAAUGGUCAGCUUUCAAUCAAGAAAGGAGAGAAACUUGAGAUCAAGACAGAGCUUACUGAUGGAUGGUGGCUAGCAAGAUCAUUAGAUACUGAUCAAGAGGGAACUGUUAAUAUUAAACAUAUUGAAAAAGAUGAAGAGAGUGAACUGUCAACGUGGGAAUCACUUGAACUAUUUCAUUAUGCAAUGACAGAAAAUGUUAACAUACCUAAAAUCAAGGAAAUUAAGAUGAAGAGCAGCUUUGAGAGAGCAAGUCUCUUUUUAUCAUUAAUCAAACAAGAUUCAGUUCUGCUAGAUCAACUUAGGAAAAAAGAACAUGGAAAAUCUAAAGGAUUGAGGUGGUAUGAUGAUGGGGUUCAACUGACCUCUCCAUCUUUAAUACAAUGUCAAGAAGUAGUUUCUCUAUUAACAUACAAACAUAAGACCAUUGUUAUCAGCGAAUCAUCUCCUGAUGUUUUGUAUAAUCUGUUGCCAACUUUAUUGCAAAAUGAAAAGCUGAAAUACUUAAGAAUACGAAACACUCAACUAACACAGGACUGCAUCUCAUCCUUAUGUAACUUACUGGCUAAUAAUAAAUCAUUGUUAGAAUUAGCUCUUACUAACUGUUCCAUUGAUGACAAAGCAGUUGCUGAUAUUACAAACGUACUACAAACACACAAUAACACACUUUUAGGAUUAUUCUUCCGUAUUAAUCCUGGUAUUACUUCAGUUAGUGCUCAGUCUCUUUCUGAACUAAUUAUCAACAAUUCAACAUUAACUAAAUUACAAGUAAGAGGCACUUCAAUAUCAUCUGAUGGAAUAUUACUAAUUCUUGAAUCGUUAACAAUUAAUAAGAAUAUAAAGCAGCUCCAUCUAGAUAUGAAACACAAAGACACAUGCACAGAUUACCAUGACUAUAAUAUUAUAAAAUAUAGAAGAAGUAGAGGUGUUCAUAAUCUUUUAUAA